AUCGGACACCUAAUUUUUGUAUUUUCGGAUAUAUAAUGAUUUCGCGUGCAAGAAAAAUGAUAAAUUUAGCACAAAAUAACAUUAAAGUAAUGAAUUUUUUAGAAGCAUAUCCCGGGAGUGGCUGCGAAUACACAUCAAAUAAUUCAUCGGCAAUAGAGCCAUUUCCCGGCAGUUGCAGCGAAUAUAAUCCGUCAAGUACUUCGUCGGAAGCAGAAUCAAAUCCAGAGUUUAGUGCAAUAACUCCAAAAUUAAAAAAGAAAAAAUUAAAUUCCGAAUUUGAUACACCACCCGAAAACUUUUGCAAAAGACAAAGACGCCCAUCCGAAUGGAAAAAAAAUAAAGCAAAAUAUUUAAAAAACCAUGGAAUGGAUCAUUAUAAUAAAAAAGGUCAGUUUAUACCAAAGAAAGAGUUAAAAAAAGGUUGCAAGGAAACUUGUAGAAUGAGAUGCUCACAAAGGCUGUCUAAAGAUAUAAGAACACAAAUUUUUCAAAAUUUUUAUAAAAAUGGCAGCAAAGAAUUUCAAUGGGCUUACAUAGCAAAUUUAAUAACACUGCACAAAAAAAAGUUUGCACAAAUAUAGAAAAUUCGCGAAAAAGUGAGUCAACAAAGUACUUUUUAAGUUAUGAAGAAAAUGGUAAUGAAAUAAGAGCACAAGUCUGCAAACCCAUGUUUAUAAAUACGUUGUCAAUAUCUCAACAGACAAUCGAAACCGUGAUACGCAAAAAGCAUUCUAAUGUGGGAUUUAUAUCACCCGACAGAAGAGGAAAGCAUUCUAUGGCAAAUAAAACUUUAAGUAGAGUAAGACACAUAGUUAUAGAGCAUGUUAACGAGUUUCCUUUAGUAGAAUCACACUACUGUCGCCAACGAGUACAAAAGAAGUACUUGGAUGGUGAAAUAU